AUGCACGACCCAAUCGCCGACGCAAAAGCCCAAGAAGCAACGCGAAAAUACACAUUUCGCACCGCAACCUUAGAUGAUAUACCCGCCCUCCAACAAAUGAUCGGCGACUCUCUGCGCGCUUUAGGAAAAGGAUACUACACGCAAGCCGAACUCGACGGCUCGAUCGGAUACCUAUUCGGGCCCGACACGGUCCUUAUCCACGACCAAACAUACUUCAUCCUGCACCCCUCAUCGCAGCCCCAAACAAUCUGCGCCUGCGGCGGCUGGUCCUUCCGCAAAACGCUGUAUGGCGGCGACUCCGCCCCCUCACCCUUGCGCAUGCCGGAAAAACGCAACCCUGAGACUGACCGCGCGAGUAUCCGCGCAAUCUUCACGCAUCCUGAUUAUGCCCGCCAAGGCUUGGGGACGAUGAUGAUGCGGCACUGUGAAGCGGCUGCACGUGACGGGAAGACGGGGGUGAUUGGCGGGUUUGAGAGGCUGGAGAUGGGCGCAACGUUGAGUGGCGUGGCGUUGUAUGAGAAGUGUGGAUAUGUGAGGAGUGGGAGGGAGGAUGUGGUGAGGUGUCCGAAUGGGGAGGGUAUUGGGAUUGUGCAUAUGGUCAAGGAUUUGGAUGGGGCUGUGAAGGAGAGUACCGAUGUAGAGACAUCGUGAGCGAAUUGCACGAUGCCUCGGAGUGAUAGUGUUCACCGUGGUAGCGUAUUUCUUGUGAUCUCAAGGAUACAGCGCCAAUCUUUGUUGGCAUAGAAGAGCGUCGAACUGUAUGACUACAUUAGGCAUCGAAAUGAUGAGGCGUGUUCCCAAGAUUUCGAAUGGGCAUUUGGCGAGCGAUGGGUAAAGCUCAGUGGGCUCGUGGUCUUCCAAUUCAGCUUGCAUGAUUG